AUGAGAGGCACACACUAUGCGUACACUCUGCGUACUUUUCUUUUGCAAGCCUGCUUGUUUCUUGCUAUUGACAGUGCAAAUGGUAGAGGUCAAAGACUGAAAGAAUUAGGGGAUAAAAUCACAGAUUUGGAAGGAAAAAUAGAGGAAAUUGGAAAAAAACUCCGAGCCAUUGAUGUUCAGAUUCGUGAAGUUCAAGAUUAUGAAGAGGGUCAGAGGGGCAUAGAUAGACGAGACCUUACUGAAAAAAUCAAUAAACUGGGAAAAAGAGUGACAGAAUUAGCCUGCUCUAUUCAGUUGCAUUGGCAUAACUGCUUGAAAAUUCAUUCAUACUGUCAUGAAGAUUCACAAGUUAAAGAGUAUAAAUUACUUUGUCAAGCACCAAAGUCAAGUGAUAUUCACGUGUUAAGACAGGUAUAUAAUGUAACCAUCACUUUCAACAAGGACUCUAACUCUAAGGAUCUCUAA